ACUCUUUUUCUGAAGUUUGGUACAGACUCCUCUGGCUGUAAAACCAGAGCUGAACAGAUGUGAUGUUCUUUGUAGUUAUUCAUCCCACCAAGGAGAGGGGCAAUGUCUGCAUGUCCUGUUUCAGAAAUCCUGCCGUUUGCUCAUCGGUUGAUCCUUGGCUCUGCUGUAUGCUCUGUGAUAGAUGCACCAGAUUGCUGUCAGAAAACCCAAGCAAGAUUCUGAGUUCCCAAAACCCCUGCCCCGAAGGUGUCAUACAAGAAAAUCCAUUAUUACAGGUUAUGUCCAGCCAUGUGACUCUCCAGGUCCCAGCACACACCCUGGAGGCCUUUGUCCACGAGGUCAGCAAUGUUCAACGUACACAUGUGGGGGCAUCCGAAGCCCUGCAGGCCGUGCACACACUCCCACCUGAGCAGAGCAGUGACACCCCCAGCUCUCCAGCCCAAAUUGCCCUGCCCAAGCAGGGAGACUUUCUCAAUUCCUCAGCAAAAGCCGUCCCGUCCAAGCAGGCUGACACUCCCAGUUUCCCAGAAAAGACCAUCCUAUCAAAAAAGAGGGAAAUUCUCAAUUCCCCCCAGAAGAACAUCUUGCCCAAGCAGGCUGCCUCCCCCAGUUCCUCAACCCAAACCAUUUCACCAAAGCAGGGUGACAUUCCCAAUUUCCCAGAAAAAACCAUCCUGCCAAAAAAGGGUGUCAUUCUCAAUCCCCCCAGUAAAACCACCCUGCACCAGCAGGCCAACACCCCCAAGUCUUCAGAAAAACCCACCUCGCCCAAGCAGGGUGACACCCCCAAGCCCUCAGCCAAAACCAUUUUGCCCAAGAAGGCUGAUGCCCCCAUCUUCCCAAUCCAAACCAUUCUGCCCAAUCAGUCUUAUGCCUCCAAAUUCUCAGAAAAAACCAUCUCGACAAAAGAGGGUGACAUUUUCAACUCCUCAGCCAAAGUCAUUCCAUCAUGGCCGGCUGACUCCCCCAAUUUCCCAGCCAAGAUCAAUCCAUCAUGGCAGGCUGACUCCCCCAAGUUCCCCGCCAAGAUCAUUUCACCUAAACAGGCUGACUCCCCUAACUCCCCAAACCAAAUCCUCUCACCCAAGCAGACCGAUUCCCCGAAUUUCCCAGGCAAAAUCAUUUCAUCACGGCAGGCUGUCUCCCCCAAGUUCCCACUCAAAACCACCCUGCUCAAUCAGGUGGGCAUCCCCACUUCUUCAGAAAAAAACAUCUCACCCAAGCAGGGCAAUACCCCCAAUUUUCCAGCAAAAUUCAGUUUGCCCAAGAAGAGUAAAACCCACAAGUUUACAACCAAAGCCAUUCUGUCCAAGCAGGGUGACACCCCAAAGUCCUCAGACAAAACCAUCCUGCCCAAGGAGGGUGAGACCGCCAAGUCCUCAGCAGAAACCAUUCUGCCCAAGGCGAGUGAGAUCCCCAAGUCCUCAGCCGAACCCAUUCUGCCCAAGGAGGGUGAGACCCCCAAGUUCUCAGCCGAACCCAUUCUGCCCAAGGCGGGUGAGAUCCCUGAGUCCUCAGCUGAAACCAUUCUGCCCAAGGAGGGUGAGACCCCCAAGUCCUCAGCUGAAACCACUCUGCUCAAGGAAGGUCAGACUCCCAAGUCCUCAACCCAAACUAUUCUACUCAAGGAGGGUGAGACCCCCAAGUCCUCAGCCGAAACCAUUCUGCCCAAGGAGGGUGAGACCCCCAAGUCCUCAGCCAAAACCAUUCUGCCCAAGGAGGGUGAGACCCCCAAGUCCUCAGCCGAAACCAUUCUGCCCAAGGAGGGUGAGACCCCCAAGUCCUCAGCCAAAACCAUUCUGCCCAAGGAGGGUGAGACCCCCAAGUCCUCAGCCAAAACCAUUCUGCCCAAGGAGGGUCAGACUCCCAAGUCCUCAACCGAAACCAUUCUGCCCAAGGAGGGUGAGACCCCCAAGUCCUCAGCCAAAACCAUUCUGCCCGAGGAGGGUGAGACCCCCAAGUCCUUAGAGGACACGGUCUGGCCCCCAGGAGGCAAUAGCCUGCAGUCAGAGGAAGACGCAGAGUUCCUGGAUGAGGACAUGGUGAAGGUGAUCCUGAGCAAAGAAGACUUUGAGGUGGCGCUAAAGGAAGCUGGGGAGCAGCUGGUGGUCGUGGACUUCUCGGCCACGUGGUGCCAGCCCUGCAAGACCAUCAAGUCCUUCUUCCAGACCCUGUCCCUGAAGCAUGAGGAUGUGGUGUUCCUGGAAGUGGAUGCCGACGAGUGCGAACAACUAGUGAGAGAGUGCAAGGUCAAUUGCGUUCCAACCUUUCAGUUUUAUAGAAAAGAAGAAAAGGUGGGCCAGUUUUCUGGUGCCCUGCACGAAAAACUUGAGACACUCAUUACAGAAUUAAAGUGAUCAUGUGUUACAAAAGCAUUAGAAAUAGUUGGCUGUUCAUAGCUUCUGAUCUUAUUUAUGAAAAAAAAUGAGGGGUGACGAAAGUGUGUGUUCGAGUGGCACCUGCUUGUAAAUCAGAAACAUUAAUUCUACCCUUUCUGAAAAGCCCUAAUGUCUGUUGU